CUUUUGAUCGUGGCAGCUGGGUGUUCCAGCUGUCAAUCAAAGCAAAACUAGGACACACGCGCAACACACUCAACAAAAAGGAAAAUAGCGAGAGAAAAUAUAGUUUCAAUUAAUUUUGGUGAGUUUUAAUUUAUAAGUUGAAAAAUAUGAAAAUACAAGUUAAAUUGGACAAUAAAAUAAUAAGAAGAAAUUUCAAAAUGUUUUCAAAUUUUCUAAAUUAUCGCAAAUGUUCUUAACUAGAAGGGCACGAAUACAAGUGUGUUGUGCGAAGGUUGGGUCUUCACUUCCCAGGUCAAAACAAUUCUUUGUGCCUUUCUCUCAUGUGGUGGAAAUAAAAUGUUUUGGUUCUAAUUCUUUGUUAAAUCGAAUUAUGGCCACAGCUAAUGGUAAUAGAAGUAAUUCUGAUUACGUAGCCGUUACUAGUUCAGCACAGGACGCUCAACCCUCUCCCCUCGCAAUGCUGGCGGCGACCUGUAGUAAAAUUGGAUCGCCCGCCCAAAGUGAAGAACAGGGGUAUGGACAGGGAGGGGAUUCCAGCUUGAGGGUGGUCGGGGCGGGGCAAGGUGGGAGUACUACAGAUGCAAUGGCCGGAUGGAUGCAGUUGCCUAAUGGUGCCAUAGUAAAUACAAACGGUAAAGCCUUAAAUGCUGGCAAUGUAUUACAACAAGCAUCUCUACCUAACAACGUAAGCAGUCAGCUGUUUUCUCAAGGUCAACAACUUAUCGCCACACAAGGCCCUAAUGGCCAGUUGACAUACAGUGUUAUGCCAUCAUAUCAAACUGUCAACAUAGAUGGACAAGAUGCUUUUAUUCAAGAAGCAUUCAUAAUUCCUUCUUCUGCUGGACAAACGCAGCCUAAUUUUCAAGGUGCACAACAAACACUAUUAACCCCAUCAGGCCACUUAAUAAGGACACAAGGUCUACCAGCACCAACAGCAGCUCCAGCCAAUUUAUUUCAACAUGUUUCUGGACUGGGAGGAUUAGGCAACUUUAUCAACAUAGGUGGAAAUUUAAUCAGUUUAGGAGGAAUGCAAAACACAGCAGUGAGACAAAAUGGCAACAUAAUGCAAGCUGUUCAGAUUCCUGGAUUCCAAGCUAUUCCCCAACUGCCAAAUUUAGUUCAGGUGCCUGUUUCAAUAAAUGGACAAACUGUUUUACAAACUGUUCAGUUACCUACUCCAAACAUUCCAAUUCAGACACACAUCCAACAGGUUGGAGGGAAUGGCAUUGUCUCAUUGAACACAACACCGCAGUCACUACAGACAUUCAUGGCUUCACAAGCCCAAAACCAGACAUCGCAGCAGACAAUCACUGUUGGUCAGUCAGAAGAUUCGCAGAACCAUGUACAAAACAACAAUCAGAAGAUUGACAUUAAACCCAGUCUAUCACAGUUAAGUCUCCCAAAUACAUCAAAGGCAUCAGGCCUAACCCUAGCUGCAAAUGGAGGAGGGGUUCAGACAUUGAAUGUAAUCAACACACCUCAGGGCCAAAUGAUACUGUCCCAACCCUCAAAUCAAAACCAGCUGUCCAUCCCCACCCUUUCAGUUCCUGCCUAUCCACAAGCCAUCACAGCAUCUUCAGGCUCUUCGACCACAACAUCCAUCAGCUCACAGAAUGCAGCAAUGAUACAGAAUGUCUUAGCACAGCAUCAGCUACUUCAAGGUAUGGCCAAUGUUCAAAAUAUUGGAGGAAUCCAGCUUACAAAUCAAGGACAGAUAAAUUUGCUACAGCAGGCACUUACUAUGCAGUCUCCCAGAACUGUACAGUUACAAAACUUACAAGGGUUACAAAAUCUCCAAGCGUACCCAGCAUUACAAGGUCUGCAGGGUAUCCCAGGGAUACAAACAGUGAACCAGUCAGGACAUAUUAUUAAUGGUGCUUCCAUUUCCAACCUUGGUGCAGUAGCUAUUGGUACAUCAGGGAAUACAUUAAGUGCCAUCCCUCUGAAUACACCACAAAAUGUUCAAGUAACAGCUGCUCCUGUCAGUCAAGGUGUCAUUACAUCAGCCCAGAUUCAACAAGACCCCAAUGAUCCAACAAAAUGGCAGCUUGUCAACAAUGCACCACAGAACACAGCCAAUGUUAGUGUCGCAGCCUCCUCUAUCACAGUUGCAGCACCUACAAGUACAGUAGGCUCUGGCUCAAGCAGUGAAACUCCUAGUACAGGGAAGAGGGUCAGGCGAGUUGCUUGCACUUGUCCAAACUGUACUUCCACUGAAAAACAUCAAGGAGAAAAGAAGAAAAAACAACACAUCUGUCAUAUGGAAGGCUGCGGUAAAGUUUAUGGAAAAACAUCACAUUUGCGAGCUCAUCUAAGAUGGCAUUCUGGUGAUAGACCUUUUGUCUGUAGCUGGAUGUUUUGUGGUAAAAGAUUUACCCGAUCAGAUGAGUUGCAGAGACAUAAACGAACUCAUACAGGAGAAAAGAAAUUUCAAUGUCCAGAAUGUACAAAACGGUUUAUGAGGAGUGACCAUUUGACUAAGCAUAUCAGAACUCAUAGUGCUAAACGUCAACUUGAUGGUGUAUCCAGCUCUCUAGACUCAGGCCAACCAUUAGAUGAAUGUGAAGAUGAUGAGGAGAUGGAAGAAGAUGAAGAUGAUGAAAGUGGGGCUGUUGAAAAUGAGGCAGAAGAUUACCAUGUAGUGAUGGCUGUGGAGGAUGAAGAGGAUGAUGAAAACGAUGAUAAUGAUGAUGGUGAAAAAAGCUGAUGUUCUUAAAAUACUAACAUAAAUUUAAUUGAUAUCUAUAUUACAGCCUACUUAAACAGUUACGUUGCUAAAAAGAAAAGAAAAUGUAUUUGUUUUACCUAAUGAAGUAAACUAGGUUUUAAUUGAAUUAUUUUUUUUUAGAAUCUUAAAUUAAUUGGUAGCUAUGGAAGCUAUACUUUAUGUAGAAUGACUGAGUAUUCUAUUAAUUUAUUAUCUAUAAACAAUAUAUUUAUACUUACAUAUACUUGAUAUUUAUGUUGUAUCUACAUUUACUGUUAGGUUAAGCUUUGGGGCAAGGCAGAUGUCUCCAUGACCAACUUUCUCUCAGAUAGUUCUUGCAGAAUUUAUGGAGGAUUUUGAGACUUAAUUAAGGAAGCUGUCCAACUAAUGACACACUUUUGUGUGUUUGAAACAUAAGUUAUUUUAUAAUUACUUAGAUAGAUGCAUUGAGUUUGAUUUUUUUUUUUUAAUUUAGUUAUAAUCAUUAACUCUUUCAUUGCGGGAUUACUCUCAAGGAGUAACUUCACUAGCGCUGCUGGAGGAGACCAAUUUUCUUGUAAAAUAAAAUCAAAUGUUAAGUUAUAUUAUAACAUAAAAAAGUUACUGAUAGUUUUAGUAACUCUAACCACACUGAAGAUUUUUAUUAGUUUAGGAAAACUCAAUUGUUUUGAUCAAAAUAAUUCGCACUGAAAGAGUUAAAAUGAUAGUACCCAUUUGUCAUUUGGAUAAAAAUCAACUAUAUAUCAACACUAUAUAGAACAUGAGUUGUAAUUACCUUGUUUAUGAGAGAUUUGUAUUUUGAAACUUAACACUAUAUAGAUCAUAGAUUUGUAAUUACUUAAUUAAUUACUUAAAUUAUUAAUUACUAAAAUCAUUAACAACAAAGCAGCCCCUUUUGUGUCUAGUGGUAUUAAAUGUCCAUUGUUACUAUGGAGACCAUAAUGCUACUAAUGUUCUGAGUUAUUUUUUUUAAAGAACUGAGUGAUGUAAUAAUAUUUGUACAGACUCCUGUUAUAGUACAUUGUCUUUGACUUCCAUUGUGAUGAAAUGUAUAGCCUAAUUCUAGUGUUUUUCAUUGAACACAGGAAAUCCCUGAUAUAUGUAAAUUAAAGCUACAUAGUUUGUUGCAUUUCAUUGUAUUCAACAUAUGUCAAUUAUUAUUGCCCUGAAAUUAAAUAACAGCUGCUCAAUCUGCUGUGUGUUUUGAGCAAAACUGUAUAUAAAAAGUCUGUGAUGGUUGUAGUCAGUAGGAGGCAGCAGCAGUUCAACAUGUGGUUACAUCAUAAGACAAACAAAUUAGACAUGGUUUACCAUGCUUACCAAUAAUAUUCAUGAAAAUUAUAUUAACUUUUAGUUUUCACUCUUUGCAAGCAAAAAAAAAAAAAUGAAUACAUUGAUGAUAGCAAGAAGACAAAUAAUUUCCAGUAUUGGAUCAACUUACGUAAAAAAAAAUAUAUAACACAUUUGAACCUUGGACAUUUUAUGUGCCAUCUGGAUUCUGUGACCAUUAAGACACAGGAAAUAGAUUGAAAAAGUUUCAUUACUGCACCUCUCUAGCUGCUCUACAUGGCUUCAUUCAAUGUAUUCAAUUCUGAAACCUUAUCUGAUAUUUGUAAAUGUUGUUUUCUCUCUAAAUGUAUAUAAUGUAAAAGUGUACAUUUGAUGUAUGUACAUAAAGUUCCCAGUAUUUGUUUUAUUCAAAAAGUGAUAUUUUUAUGUCUGCCAUGUUUCAUUUACUUGUACCCAGAUUGACUAAAAGAUUAUUAUAUCCAUUAAAUAGAACAAACGUUUGAACAAAAGUUUCAACUUUAAAAAGGGGAGGGGUAUUUUAUUUUAAUGUUGUUGCUUUUAGUUUUAAGUUUAAUACAAAAUUUGUAUUCAGAUAGCAGAUUGGUGUAUUACAUUUACUUAUGAAUGAGAUAGUAUUUGUGAGUCCUAGACUAGAAUGUAGUCAUUGACUCACAAUUCCUAGACAAGACUAGGAUGUAGUCAUUCAAUAACCAUUCACAUUUAAUGAUCAAAUUUACUUGUGCUUUCUUUUUUUAUUAAAAUAUUUUGUGCCUUUUAUUUUUUUGUUUUACAGUUAAAUGCUUUUUUUUUUAAUUGGUCAAAUUUGUAUCUAUGAAAUAAAACACAUGAUAAAUUUA